AUGGACGACUCUCUCAUCCCAUCUCUCAAGAAGACCGCUCAUCUCGUGGUCCGAAAUGCCGCCAGACCCAGUGGAACGCUAGAGCAAGGGGUAUUCACCAUGUUCGUGGCUAGAUCAGAAAUUGAGAGAAUCAUGGGAUUGGAUCAAGGUGAAUUGGGUAAAGCAAGAUGGAAGAGUAUGGUGAAAGAGCUAGUGAAAGCUGCAGUUGAUAACAUUGAUAAUACAACUUCGUCAAGUCGAGCUUCAAGCUCAAGUUACCCCACCACCUUGUCCUCACCAUCACCCCUACCCUCACAUCCUUCGACAUCCAAGAUUAGUAAAUCGAAAAGCAGAGCUUCGACGUCUAAAUUAAUAAACGCAAUGAAGUCAAAACGAUCAAAAUCAGAGGAAGGGGAUGAUUAUUAUUCUGACUUGCCGAAGAUAGCCAGUAAAUCUGGGACAAGGAAGCAGAAGGCGAAGGGGAAGAAGGUGGAUAAUGGAAGUGAGAGUGAAGAGGAAGAGGAAGAAGAGGAAGUGAUUGAUAAUGAUGAUUCCAAUGAAGGUUUUCCAUCUUCCAUGCCCAAGUCUACACCACCCAAGCGGCCGUCUGACAAGAAGCGGAAACGCAGAGAAGAGCAAGAGGAAGAAGAGAUCGAGACUAGAAAGACAUAUGUGGAAGAACCUCAAGCUCGUAUGAGCGAUACAGACAUGUCAUCAGUAUACGGCGAACCGCCUACAAUGAAGACAAAGUCACGUAAAUCAGCUUCGGCUCCAGCAUCGGGUAAAAGGAAAUCGAAGUCCAAGUCUGUAUCAGUCUUGUCAAGCGAUGAAGAAAAACCUUCAACAAAGAAGAGGAAAGGUACGAAUAAGAACAAGAAGGAUCCCAACGAAGGGCUGUCCCCGGGCGAAGCGAAAUUAGCGGAUCUGAAGAGGAUAGUUGUUGCAUGCGGGGUGAGGAAACAGUGGGCCAAAGAAUUUGCUGACUGUCCCACUACGUCCUCACAAAUUCGACACGUACAAGGUCUGUUGUCAUCUCUAGGGAUAAAAGGUCAGCCUACGCUGGGAAAAGCGAAGACUUUGAAAGCAAAACGGGAAUUGGCUCAAGAACUAGACGACGUCAAGACAUUUGAGGCUGCUCGUGGACUAUCAUCAAUUACUCGCGAGAGGAGAAGCAGGGCUAGCUCCGGAACGAAGAGGAAAAAGGUGAUUGGGUCUGAUGAUGAGGAGGAAGAAGAGGGAGAAGAAGACGAAUCCAUAGAUUUGGAUAAGGAGGAGUCCGCUCUGGGAGCUGUACUAGAUCUUGACUUCCUUGGUGGUGAUAGCGAUAGUGAUUGA